AAUUGAUUUACUAAAGUAGAAGAAAAGUAUAGGUUUUUCAAAACAAAAACAGAAAAGGGAGAAAAUAGAAAGAAGAAUGUAAGACAAGGUUGAUCCAGAUCCGUAGUGUGUAACAGUUGUUUCAGUUGCAAAACACUUUUCAUCUUCACUCUUCAAAGUUUCAAACACACUCUCUCUUUUUCUGCGCCUCUUCCAUUUCUCUCUUCAACAAACAAACAAACUCAGUUACCACCAUGCCCACAAGAGAAACCUUCAUUUUUUCGUGGCAUUUCCCCCUCUUUCUUCUUCUUAUCCUUUCUCCGUUUUGCGGCGGCUCCGGUGGCGGCGACGCUACAAAACAGGAGCUAUGGUGCGUGGCCAAAAACAACGCGGAGGAUGCCGCUUUGCAGUCGGCACUGGACUGGGCAUGUGGUGCCGGUGGAGCAGAUUGCCGACCAAUCCAGAACGGAGGACCGUGCUACGAUGUUAACAGUGUGCAGAAUACGGCGUCGUUUGCUUUCAAUGAUUAUUUUCUCAAGAACGGUUUGACUGAUGAUAGCUGCAAUUUCAGUAACAAUGCUGCUGUUACUUCCUUGGACCCUAGUCAUGAUAAAUGCAAGUUCCCAUCUGGCAGUUUGGCAGUGAUCAAUGGAAGUUCUACUGAAUCAACACCAUCACAUUCUACUGGAUUGGGACCUAGUGGAAAUGUGAGCGGAUGCAGUAAAGCUUCUUGGAGGUGGUGGUUUUGGCUCUCGGGCACUACUCAUUUGCUGCUCAUGGUUUCACUUUAUGCAUAAUAGCAGCAGGUGAAAAUAGGCCAUGAUUGGAUGAAGGAAUGGCAAGAGAAAAAAAAGCAUUCCUCAUAGUUCAGGCUGCACAGGUUAGAAAUUUUAGGAAUAUCAAACCGAAUGUUACUAUCAAUGUAGAGCGGAAGUGAUGAAUAUAAUGCUUCUGUUUUUGAAUAUGUAUCUUUGCUGGUCUGUUUGAAAUUAAAGUAGACCAAAUUUGAAAGAGAUUUGUGCUUGGUUGCAAUUACAGUUUUUGUCAAAUC